CGAUAACGUCGCCUCAGUAGUUCGUCGGACGUCGCGCGCGGCUCCACUCGCCCAGCUCGCGAGACUCCCGCGAGCGUCGACGACUUUUCCGCGCGGGUACGAGCGGAUGCCGCCGCGACGAAGCGUCCCCGUGCCGAGCCGCUCGCGCGACACGUGCUCCGCUGAAAUCACCCUGGCGAGAAAUGAUCGACGUCGGACUUUGGAAAGACGAAUUCUGUGAUUUUUGAAAAAUAAAGGUUGCUUUUACCGUCGACGGCGUUUGGGAGAGUAGAGAGCAGGGAAGGAGGAGGGACGAGAAAAUAAGGUUUAGGUUCGGAGAGAUUGAUGUUCCUAGACAUGAUCGAAUUAGUGGCUAAUGACGGCUCUAUUUUUGCGAGUAUUGUUCUUCUGUUACUUGGUAUUCAUAGGAUGUCCAUGGAUGGAAUUUUAAUUAAUUUAUUGAAAUAUUUGCAAAAUAGUAUUUUCAUAUUGCUAACAAGUCUCUAAUGUCCGAAGUAUUCUUGAAGAUACACUAGCACAAGUCACUGUGCACAGUAGAUCGAGUGUCACUCGGAGGGGCUAGAGGGUGAAAGUGGAGGAUCGUUGAGGGAAAGUGGAAAGUUUUCUUCGCAAUGGGGUGCGAAGGUGUCUGGUGCGAUCGGUUGCAUGUGCGUGAUCCCCUGUGCUGUUCGACCGCGGUAAAGUUCCAGGUGAAGUUCUCGUGAAAACUCGAGCUGUUGUGAUGAAAGUUUCAGUGUCACCCCGUAGAGAUCACUUGAGGGAUCGAGUAAAAAAAAGAAAUGAUGAUCCUCGAUGUCGUUGAUCCUCGACGCGCAAGAGUCGCGUGUGGAAUUUCUGUCAAGAUCUCAUUUGUACAAUAAAAAGAUGUGCAAUAAAAAGAAAGAGGAGUUCAAGGUUUGAGUUGGGGUAACCGCAAGAUUUCAACGUUUGCAUUGCUAGCCAGAGUUGAACCCUGGUCUGUCCAUAUUGACCAUAGAAUUAUAUUACGCAGGAGUAAUGCUGAAAUUCUAAUUCAGUGCGUUCUUCGGGAUGUCGAGAACUGAUAAGAGAAAUCACUCGUUUGGCGAAUGUCCUCUAUACAUUGAAGAAUAUUUCCCUACUCAGAAAUCUUCCAUGCAGACUUUGAAUUAAACAACUAAUGCCGUGGUCGAUGGAUAAGAGUCUGUUCAAUGCAAUGACGAGUACUUAAAUCAAUUAAAUUAAUUAAUCGCCUCGAAUCGCGAGUAAAUUAAACAUAAAAGUUGUUCGUCAGUGCGCGCGUUAGUGAUAAAAACCGGUGCUCAAGAAGAUAUCCGAAGAAGAGGCCAAAGGAAGUUUCUCUGAGAAAUCGAGGAAAAAGAAGAAGAAGAAGAAACGGAUUUGUUGGGGAGGAAGGUGCUAUCACGAUCCUAGAUUAAAGUAUCCGAACACAUAUCUCGAAGGAAUCCAAGGAAGAAGGAUUCAAGCAAUCAAAAAAAUAUUCUCAAACAGAGCCAAAGAAGAAGCUCGUCCCAUAAAUUAAAAAAAAAAAAAAGACGAAUUCCUUGAAUAAAAAAGUGUUUUCAUCAAUCCAAGAACCAAGCAUCCCAGCAUCCCAGGAAGUUUCUUCAGGAUCUGAAAAACAAAAAGAAAGAUUUCUUAAGGAGGAAGGUAACCUGAACGAUCCCAGGUCAAAGUAUCCAAGCACAGAAAGAACCCUAAAGAAAAAGCUUUCCUCACUCCCUGAAGAAGGAUAACGGAUUUAUCCAGAAGAAAGGAGUCUUCGGCAAUUCCAGGUCCAACCAUCCAAGAAAAUAUUCCAAAGAAGAACCAAGGAACCUCAGGAAGUCCUCAGCUAUUAGUCCUCUCCAUCAGGACCUGAAAAAGAAAGGUAUCGGUCAGCGAGGAAGGAGCCUUCGCGAUCCCAGAUGCUGAAGAUUAGGCGGGUUAGCUACUAGGGCAAGCUAUUUCGGGCUCAGCGGUCUCUUUGAGCGAUGAUCGGCUCGUCGAUGCCGACGAUCGAUCGCACGGAUCCUUACGAGGCCGUCGUCGACACCUGUUUCGAGGAACUUUUGUUUCUCGGCGGCGCCAACGAGACUAGCGCGGGCUGCGACGCGGUUGCCAGACUGACGGUGUCCGGGAUACUGAACGACAGUGAUUACGAAGCCAAGACUGCGAAUGGGACGCAGCUGGACAUCGAGAAUAACGGAUUGAACAACUGGUGGGCGAUGCUGGCUCUCGUCCUCGUACUGGGAACCGCAGCUGGGAAUAUCUUGGUCUGCCUGGCGAUCGUCAGGGAGAGGCGAUUGCAGAAUGUCACCAAUUACUUCCUGAUGAGCUUGGCGGUCACGGACCUGAUGGUCGCCAUUCUAGUGAUGCCGCUUGGGAUACUCACCCUCGUCAGAGGAUACUUCCCGCUGCCGUCGGUCUAUUGCCUCGCCUGGAUCUGCAUGGACGUGAUAUUUUGCACCGCGAGCAUAAUGCACCUCUGCACCAUAAGCGUGGAUCGAUACCUGAGCCUGCGGUACCCCAUGAAGUUCGGACGCAACAAAACCAGAAGAAGAGUCAUCCUGAAAAUUCUCUUCGUCUGGGUCCUCAGCAUUGCCAUGAGCCUGCCGCUCAGUCUGAUGUACUCGAAGGAGGACGAAUCGCUGCUGGUGGACGGCGCAUGUCAGAUACCGGACCCCCUUUACAAGCUGAUCGGCAGCAUAAUCUGCUUUUUCAUACCGCUGUGCGUGAUGCUGCUCACGUACGCGCUGACAGUGCGACUGCUGGCGGAGCAGCGACAGAAUAUCGGAGGAACUGCUGGAUGGUCCUCCGGAUGGCUAGGCGGCCCCCCAGGCCCACCCACGGGAGGGCUGGAUAGGAGGGGCACCUGGAAGCGAGUUCUUCUGAACAAAGGUUCGGCAGGUAGCGGCGGGACCCCGCAGCACACCUCGGGCACAUCCACCGACACGGAACUGACGACCCUGGACUCCCACGAACUUUGGCUUCCCGAGAGCGAGCUACCCCCGUCGGCCAUGUCUGCCCUUCACGCCUUUGGCGCGGAGAUGCUGAAGCUUUCCAGAGGUCUGGAAGGGAUUGGCAGCCCUGGGAGCCCCACGCCAAUCGGGACACCACGAUCCACCCUCCAGCACUCCGCGCAGCAUCAUCAUCAGCACCAGCACCAAUCGCACGGGUGCAACUUUCGUCACGGAAGCGGAGAAAGCGACGGUAGCAGCGCGUCAGGAUCCAGGACGAGCCUGUCGGCUCAGGAGGACACGAGCUCCCCGACGCCUUGGAAGCACAUCCGAAGAGCCUCGACGUUCAACGAGGUCCACCUGGAGCGCGCAAAGUCGACUUCUCCCAAGACCCCCAGGAAGAGAUCCUUCAGCUUCCACGAGCAGACCGUCUUCGGCAGGUCCUCCGCCUCGGGGAAGGACUCCUCGAACGAGGACAGCGUACAGAGGAAGUCCAUCGAGAAACAGGAAGGCGAGCUAGUCCUUCCUCCACCCUGCACCUGCCCCUACUUCGGGGAGUCCUCGAAGAGACCGCCCCCGCAACCCUCCAGCGAAAUCGUGAUCGUGUCCAGCGACACCGUGAAGCCCAUCAUGGGGAAGAACCUCGAGGCGGGCCUUUUGGGGAGGAACAACAGCGGCAGGGUUGAACCUGCCAGGAGCUACGAGCUGAACUCUGUUGUUUCUUGGAGGGGCGGGAGGAGGGGGUCCAGCUUAGGAAGCACGCGGACGUCCCUGUUGUCCUCCAGAGCAGUUCCCAUAAGACGCGUGGCGACGAUGCGAGCCCACAACGGCGCAGCGAGCGUCAGCUCGAAGCAGAGCAGCAACACAUCCUCGCCGUGUCUCCACAGAACACCUGGGCAGGUGCGCAGCCACCAUUCCAGAACCAGCAGCGUGGUCUCCCGCAACAGUUCGCGGCACGGACGGAUCAUCAGGCUCGAGCAAAAGGCCACCAAGGUCCUGGGCAUCGUUUUCUUCACGUUCGUCAUCCUCUGGGCGCCGUUCUUCGUCCUGAACCUGAUUCCAGCCGUGUGCUCCGAGUGCGAGAGACAGAUCGACCACAAGAUCUUCGACAUCGCCACCUGGCUGGGCUACGCCAGCUCCAUGGUCAACCCCAUCUUCUACACGAUCUUCAACAAGGUGUUCCGGCAGGCGUUCAAGAAGGUGUUGCUCUGCAGAUACAGGAACCAAACCUGGCGGCCGUCCAGGUAGGCCUUCGGCCCCGGGAGACCGGGGAUCGCCGUCACCAGGGUUUAAAGGCUGGAAUCAGUCGACGAAUCCAUUGUUCGUCGGCGUUGCAGACUUCCUCCGAGGCGGACCCGGGCUACGAUCCAGCGGUGCUUCUGGGGCUGAACCGCCAAGGCGAGCCGAAAAAAAGUUAAUUACUUGGCCAGCGAAAAUAAAAAAAAGGAAGAACGGGGAAAAAAAGGAUUUUUCAAUUUCGGUGAUCCAGGGUACGAGGCGGCGAACUGUGAGGUGGUUUCAUUUUUUGGACGUGGUUCCCGAGGAGCUCGCGUCGAAACGGACGAGAUUACGUUCUUCUGUGAAUUGAAAACGAGGGAGAUUGGACGCGAGGGUGAUAGUGGUAGUUUCCGACGAAUGUCGAUCUCAAUUGAACCGCGAUGGACGUUCGACAGUCCUGCCGAGGUACUGGCUUUGGUCAUUUGGGUUUCGCGAGGUUUGUUUAGGUUUGAUUUCUUCGAAACUCGAGAGGUCGAUGAAACGAUUAUCGACGAGGAAAGAUUCUCUUACCUCGCAAUUAGUUUGUGAUCACUAGACUGUAUUUGUGACUGAUGAAAAUAGCCACAGCUGAGGGAAUCGUGAGGACAUUCAUACUUCGAUAGAACCAUUCAACGACGAACCAUGAAACUGAUUGUUUCUGGUAACGACGGACAUCGAGGACGUAAACGAGGAGACUAUACUAUAUACUAUACUCAAGCAGGAGGACUUUCGAACAAGUGCUAAGCAUGCUCGAAACCUUCUCGAGAUCCUCUCGACUCUUCCGGGGAUUCGACGAGUGAUCGCGAAAGUUGCUCAGGAAUCGAAAAGCUCGAUACGACCGCGAGGGCUGCGCCUCGAGCAUCGAAUCAACGCGACAGAAACAAUUUGCGACACACGGCUCUGAUAAACAGCUAUUGGCUGUACAGUUUUCAACAUCGCGUGAGCAGGUCGUUGAAACGAAGCGUCUAUUCGUCGAGGACUCUUUAACGUGUGCUUGGGAACCACGUUUCAGCGUGGAGAAUCGCGCCGGCUCGCUCGCGAGACGUCCACCGCCCUAAUUGAACGCGAUCCUCGAACUUUUAACGAGAACGGAGCGAGAAACGUUAAAUCAACCGUGAUGAGGGGGCGUCAGAGUAUGCCUCAUCCCGACCAUUUCAGGAUCGACCUUAAAUGGCAGCCCGUAAACACCAGUUACUAGAUAAUUAAUGGCAUUUCGCAAAUUGUUAUCGCCUCGUUCGUUUCGAACGAAGAGUCGAACUUGUACCGUCUCUGUCCUGGCAAAAUGAAUUCCCUACGAGACGAGGGAGUUUAACCCGUUGCCUUGCGCGAUGAAUCACCGGGUACAUGAGUGGGUGAUGAUUGUGGAUUUUAUGCACUUAUGAUGUAAGUGAGGAACAUACAGAAUAUACGUAAUACGUGUCGAAUAUAUUCUAUUAAUUUUAUUUUAUUUAGCACAUAUUUGUCGCACAUUCAUUUGUAUCAUAAAUGCGUAAAAUCCGCAGUUUGGGGACUGUGUCUUUAUUCGUAUUCCCACGUGCUUCUAAUUUUAUUUAUUGUAAAUGUUGAUCGGAGUGUUAUUUUGAUGCAAGCAGAUGUGUGUAUUCAACGUUCUUCGGAAUUGUUAUGUUUGUGCUAUUUUUAAUGCUUUAAAGGGUUUAGCACUAUGCUUACGGAGAUUUCUUAUCAGAUUUAUAUGAUUUAUAUUUGAAUAUAGACAUUGAAUAAGUUUCAACAAAAACUUUGUCAAUAAUAAUUUUAGAAAAAUGUCCAAUUUACAUGGAUGAAAUUAACCUUGGUUGUUCUAGUGUUAAACAUCGCGCUAUGUUAAAUAAUGUCCAAAAAGAGAAGCCUGUAUGAACAAUAGCAACCGUCUUUCGUUUGCUCACAAAAAUGAAGAAUUGUUUAAACGGAUAAAAACGGUGACAUUGUAAACACAAACAUUAAGUAUUCCAAGAAUUUUAAGGUAUACUGCGUAUGUUUAUGCGAUUAUGGAAAAUAUUGCGAAAUCUAAGAGAAUGCGCGAGAUGCACAAAUGCAAGAAUAUAGCGUGACACAUUUUUACGAUCUCUUCGUCCAACGAAUAUUAUUUAAUCGUCCAAUGAUUAUUAAUCUCCGUUAAUUUGUAUUACAAUUUCCAUUCGUUUAUUAAUAAAUUUCCUCGUGGUAGCAUGCUCAAAGCUUCGGCAAAAACGGCAAUAAUAUUUGGGAAUACGAAUUUGCAUAAACAUCCGCAGCUAUCGGAGCAGAUCCAAGGAGAGAAGCGAGAAACAAUGAGAGUAUGAAAUAGCGACAGCUUGUCGGAAACAGUUGAAGUGGUGGGGGACAAUUACGCGACACUUUAGAGGCCCCGCAGUAAUUAUUCCGCGGGAUUUAAUGACGCAAUCUCUGAAGGUGUCGCACAAAGCGGUCGCAACGGAACGAUCAGCGAUUGAAACAAAUUUACAAGGCAACGGGUUAACAUUCCGUGACACGCGCCCUUGCUUCGAUCGAUAUCAUUGCUAGCUUCUGAUGAUCAGAUGCGAAUUGUUGAUUGGAUUUUUGUGUUCCUUGUAUCAGUGGCAAUAAUCGAUCCAGCGCGUCCAACGUUGGUCGUGACGUAUCCGAGUGAUACCCUCGCUUGUAUUCCGUGCUCAAAUCGAUACAAAUAAAGUGAAUAAAAAGCGAUAGAGCGCUGCUUAGCCCGAGAGACUGAAAUUUGUUUGGAACCUCGAGAAAGGUGGAACAACAAAUUGGGGGAGCCGUUGAUUUUUAACGCGGCGCAAGUACAUUUUAUGCCGGGAUAUUUAAUUAAUCGCAUUUUGAUGAGUUUAGAAAUGUGAUUCAAAAUAUGUACAACAAAAAAAUGAGAAGAAUAAUAGUAAACCUGUACCCAGAGAUCCUCCCCGCCAUCCUUGGAAUUUAUUAUCACUGUGUCGUUGAAAUUUAUUAUUACUGUGUUGAAACACGACGUGUUUCAAGGAUUCUCCAAAAAUUAUUUCACAUUUGCGAGCCACCAGCGUAACUGGGUAAGUACUUAAAUUAUAAAACUUAUGCCCUCAAGUAGGUACAAAUUUAUACGCCAAAAAUUAUUACGCAACACCGAUAAAUUGAAACAACUCGCCUGUACAUUGCACAUAUUACACGACGAUCACGAAAAAGUGACGGAAUAUUACGAAAGCAAGGGACAAUAGAAUUCGCGUGUUAUUCAACGGCAAAAGUAACGAAGAGGGACAUGAUUGUGCCGCAAACAAUACGCAUUCAUAACGUAAGCAAUAAUAUAAACGUGCACGAACCUAUGAGCCGACUUAAUGUCAAAGGGAGGCCUAGCAAAAAUGGGACGGAGAAGAAAGAAGCGAAAAGGCUGAGAUGAGAAUUUCAGGGGGAAGGAUUAUGGAGAAAGACAAAAAGAGAGGGAACAAUGGUCGGAAGGAAAAAUCUGAAGCAAGAGAGAACGCACGUAAAAGUAGAAUCAAACAUAGAAAUAUUAAUAUUACAAAUA